UUCACUCAUCAUGCUAUUAAAUUAUUUAUUUAUCUUUACGGUUAUCGGUGCUGUGGCGCCGGCCAAUAUACAAGGAAGGAAUAUACCGGUUGAAGUACGGUAUCAUGACACGACGACGAAUUUGGCCGAAAAACCGCAACUUUCCGACAACGAGCUGAUCGAAAGCAACACUCGAUUGGAAAAACUCAAACAAGAAAGUUUAAUUGACAGCCUCGGAUCGGAGAAAGAAAAUUUAAAAAACAACUUUGACGAAAAUAUUCAGCAGUCGCAGGACGAAUCGUCAAAAUAUAUUUCGGGGCUCCAAGAAAAUACUUCGGGCGAAUCGGGUUCGAAUAAGCUUACCUGGCUGCAGCAAGUCCAGCAACACUUCGAAAAGGGCUUGCAAGAUAUCAGGAAAAAUUUCAAACCUAACGAUCCGAACGAAGCACCCAACGAAGAAGUUUGGAAUAAGUUGGAGGAGGAAGUUAGGGACUACUUUGCUGGCGAAAAAAACAAGUUGAGUUUAAAACAGGACCAAGGCGGUAGCCAACAGAACUUUUUCCAGAAUUUGGCAAAUGGAUUCCAGCAAAUUACGAAUAAUUUCGUUCAAUCGUUUCAAGGCCAAAACGCUGCUCAGAAUGGUACUCAAGGUGAUGAUGGUGCGCAACCAAUCCAAGGAGGCUGGCAAGGAUUUGUGGGAUAUUUUCAGGGAGGUGUUCAAAAUCUUGUGAGCACGGUCCAAAACAUCGGAGGAGGUGGUCAACCUGCAAACAGUACCGUAUUGGGUGAUAACGGCAGCGCUCCUCCAUCAAACUUUUUCGGUAAUAUUGUAAGCAACGUACAACAGAUUUUCCAGGGCCAAAUUCCUGGGGUCAGCCAGGGCAAUGGAACUCAAGGUGAUAGUGGUAGCACACCUCAACCAUCUCAAGGUUUCUUCGCUGGUGCCGUGAGUCAGUUUAAUCAAGUUGUUGGUAACAUUAUCCCCACUCAACCACCGCAAAUUGGUACUCAAAGUGACGAAGCCAGCUCUUCCACACCUCAGGGUCCUAUACAGCAAGUUUUCCAAUCAUUCGGCAAUAUCGGCACAGCCUUCAAUCAGUUUAUUCAGGGUGGGCCACAGCAAAACCCGUCAGGUUCAGAAGACGAAGCGAGUACACCUCAAAGCCCCAAUUUCAUCCAAAGUAUCGGGCAGAACAUAGGAAACGCCAUCCAAAAUUUUCAGCAACAGUUCGUGCCAGGUCAGAGUUCACAGAGUUCUGGUGGUGUGGCUAAUCCCAUUAUUGAACAAGCGUCCAAUGUUGGAAGCCAAUUUCAGCAGUUAACACCCACUGGAAAUCCCAUUGGGAGUUUAUUACCAGCAACACCAUCGGAGCCAUCGCCUUCAAGACAAUCGGAAGAACAAGGGCCUGAGAAACCAGCGACGAAUUUAGACUCGAAAGAUAGUGAAUCGGGAGUAGAAGAAAAGGCAAAGGGCGGAACAGUAGAAUAGAUUUUAAAAAGGCAAAUUUUGCAUAUGUAGUACUGAUUAGAAUUGCUAGUGGUUUAAUUUAAUUAUUUAUUAUCACUUAUUCCAAAUAUAAUUUAAAUAUAUACGGAGAGCUGAUUUUAUUUGAUUGAAAUU